AUGGGAGGAGAUCUAUCCCCUACAUAUAUUUCUCAGCCUUCUUUGACGGAAGAGGAGGACGCCAACCUGGCCUUGCUUGAGAGGCAACAUGCGAUAACCUCCGAGCCUGGUGACAAGUCGGUUUGCUAUCCCUAUUUAGCCCUGCUGCCAUCGGAAAUCAUCGAAAACGUCGUGAGCCGUUUGGAUAAUCGCACAGUUAAAAAUCUGCGCCUGACUUUCUUUCGCGCUAUUGCUGACCACGACGCUCUUCGUCAUAGAAUUGUCGAGAUUAUCUAUGACGAUGCGCGUCUGUGGCGCUCUGCCGUCGAUGCUUAUGAUGCUCGGGAGCCCAGGGAGCCUGGCUCGGAUUCCACACACAUUCCAACUGAUAUGGGGAGGUUUCAGAGCGAGCGGGAUGAGAAUAUUGAAGAUUUGAGACAGCGCCGAAGGCGGGAUGAUGAGCGGUGA